AUGUCUUCCUCGGCUAAGAUGGAGAACACUGCUGUCAACGGCGGCACCGGCUCGCCCCCCGUACUGCGGGAAACGCUGGAUCUUGUCUCCCAGGAGUGUCCCUCGCGCCUCGGAAUUUCUGCCAAGGAGGUUCAGGCCAAAUCUUUAACAGUUGAUGUCUUUUUCGAUGCCAUUGCCGCCGAAAGGCUUCGUCGCAUGCCGCCCGAUGGCAGUCGACUAGACGGUGCUCUCUGUCGGGCUUCUCGCCUGGCAUUUGCUGUUUCGUCUUUCAGAGACUCAGUCAAAGAUUUCCUUGACGGCGCAGAUGAGGCCGCAACGAUGAUCUGGGGAGCCACUCUGCUACUCCUUGAGAUCGGUAUGGACCGUAUCGAAACGUUAGAUAGUAUCUUUGGACAAUACGGUCGAGUGACUAUGGGUAUCUCACUCUUGCUACAACAAGAGAGCUACUUUCGCUCUUCUCGGUCUCUUCAACAAGAGGUGGCUGAAAUAUUCGCUCAUCUACUCCAAAUGAUCAUGCACAUCAGUAUGGAGUACCGCCAAGGGGUGCGUAAUCAAAACUGGCAGGCCGUAGGAGAGGCCGUGAAUGGUUCUUUCUUCUGUUAUUUCAACCGAUUCACCGUUCAUUGGCGCCGAAUAUCGCAAGCUGCAUUCUCAACCGGAGUGACGAAUAAAACCGUUGCCGAUUUUGCCUCCAUCUAUCAAUUUCUCGAGCUUCAGGACCGUCCACUGCAAAUGCUUCUUGACGGUCACAAUCAUUCUCUCACGGACGGCUCUUUUGCCUGGUUUGACCCCCAUCUGACCACAUUCACUCUGAGCCGCCGUAAUAUCAUGCUGGUGACCGGUCAUCCGGGCUCAGGAAAGAGUGCACUGGCCCAGUGGACUGUGGGAAAGCUCCAGGGUUCGCCGGAGUUUGACAUUUGGAGUGUCGUUCCCGUUGCAAUUCGAUCUGACGUGCCUAUUACCACGCUCACACUAAGCAUCCUAAAGAAUAUCCUCAUUCAGAUGCUUGAUCACUGUGUCAGUAGUAGGGAAACCCAAGAUCUGAUCUUGCCUGCGGUUACCAAGGCUCUCGAAUUGGCCGAAACGGGGGCCGCAGAUCCCCAGGUGGAGGAGCAAUUAUGGGUGGCCUUGCGGACGGCGCUUCAGUCAAACCUCCAUUUCUUGCUGGUGGUGGAUGGGAUUGAUCAGAUAAAAUAUCCCAAUGCUACAGUCAGCUCCUUCCUUCAUCGUCUGCAGGAAGCUGUCUCAGAACGUAAUUCGCCAUCCAAGUUGAUUACGUUCAGCCGUCCUUUAGCGAAGUCGCAGAUGCCGAUGCGAGACACCACCACGACCCACCAGCUCACAAUUAAUGCUUCUUUGACCGAACACGACCUGCAAGGCGCCGUGGAAGAUACGAUGGCUUCGGAUGCUGCCUUCUCCGGUCUGGACACACUCCAAACAAGAGCCCUGUCGACCUCAAUCGUUCCUCGGGCUCAAGGUUGUUUCGUCUGGGCACAGCUAGCCCUCGAACUUGCGCGACAUCGGUCUUCUUUCCCGGAAAUGGUAUCUGCUAUCAAGAAUGCUCCUAAGACACUGGGAGAUGUAAUCGACCGUCAUUUACAAGGCAUAAACCUCCACCGGAUGGGCAUUCAGAGUGUUCUUGCGUGGUUGACAGCAUCAGAGCGCCCCUUCCGUGUCCAGGAACUGGAGCAUUUACUAGCAGUUGAUGUCAAAUCUCUCAAAGUAGCUACGCGCACACCAAACAUUGACCGUGAUGUUCUGCAGCCGUUGACUCGUAUUACAUUGGUGCGGGACGGAUUUGUCUCCUUCCGACACCCUAUGAUCCGGGAGCACAUUCAGGCGCGAGCAAUAAUGAGUCAGGUGGUUCCGUUCACCCUAGCUGAAGCCCACUACGAUUUGUUGAUUCGCUCGCUGGCUUGGGUACGACGAUCGGUCUCUGACGAAGUGGCCGUCGCCUGGGAUAAAUUAGGCGUGAGUGCCCGCGAUCGAUACAUGGACGCCUACGAGCUGUUAGAAUAUACAUCUCGUUACUGGCUCUCUCACAUGUUGUCUUCCCCUAUCGCCACGUCCAAUCGCGAGUUGUCUUUCACUGGACCAUUCCGCCGAGCCAUGCCCACAUCGGUCAUUUUCGCUCAGCUAGAACUUACCAACCGUGAAUCACAAUUCAGCCGCUCGAGCAUCGUUGAGCUGUAUCGCCUAUCUGUUGUGGUCCGUCGUGGGGUUCUAGGCGAUGAUUCGCCUGCUCUUCUUCAGAGUCUCAUUCUAAGUGCUCGUGCAGCGGACCAGGCAAAAGCAACCUGGGCCAAUGACCACCUAUUCGAGGCAUGGACUCGAAGCCGUGCUCUCUAUGGCCCCACAGAUACCAUUAGUCGGGAUAUCGAACAGCUUUUAGUAUCUACACCGGAGGCCAAGGGCAAGGCGGAUCGUUCCGCUGGCCUGAAAACUGAGGCGCUACGAGACAUGACCUUGGCAAAUUGGGGCUCAUCUGAUAUCACGUUUGCUCAACGCUUGCAGUACUUGGAUCGUCUGGUGAAGCAUUAUAAGAGCAAGAAUCAGAACGAAUCGGCCUAUGACGUCUCAAAACAGUUCUACCGUCAAACCUUCCAGACUUAUGGAAUCCACUCGUCCGAGACCAUGCAGGCGGCUGAAUUCCUGGAGCACCAUUUUACAAUUACUCUCCCCGAUGAACUCGCACUGGAGCUUACUCGUGCUAAAUAUGAGAACACCGUACGGUCGAUGGAUGUGACUGACCCGCGUCGCAUUGCAGAAGGCCUCCGUCUGGCCCAGAUGUAUGAAGAGAGCAACCAGGCAGUCAAAGCUGAGGGAGUCUUGACCCGGCUAUGGUCGGGGCUCUCAGCUCGUGACAUCGAUCCAGUAAACUCGUGGGACCAAAGAACCAGAGUCGCGUUUUAUUUCUCGCAGUUUCUGCGGCGCCAGAGUCGUCCCGAUGAAUCAACUGCUAUACUGCGUGAACUCUCAGCGGAGUUGGAAGAGGAUGGCGGUGUCAAGUCCCCUGAGAUGGUUGAGCGCGCAGAGGAGCUCCGGGUGGAAGCGCGAGAGAUGGGUCUUGUCGACAUGGACCGUGCCCUAGCUUUGCAGGUAUGGAAAUAUUAUUAUGCGACAGGUCAGCAGUACUCGCCUGAGGCUGUACAACUCGCUGAAGGUCUUGCCAACGACCUCAUUCCUACCAAGGCAAUGGUCGAGAGCACGGGCAUCCUUUCCCCUGAAGAGACCAUUCUGCUACCGAGCCUUAUUGAUUCGAUUGCGUCGGCCGGCACCAACCAACGAACGCUACCCCUUCUGGGGUUAUGUCAUCACCUUGCGACGCAACACAUUCGUGCGGAAGAAUGGUCGGAGGGCAGCAAGUCUGCUUUGGCGGUCUUGAAGCACGCAUGGCCCACUGUUGAAGACCCACAGUCCACGGCCAAGUUCCACUCAAACGAGGCCCCCACGAUGGCCAACCUCGCCUUGGAUCAUGCCUACUGUCUCUUCCGGCGAUUGCAUGUACAGACUGCCUCUGUGGUUUAUGGUAAUGCCUUCAAGGCCUCCAUCACCGCGGACCAGGUUGCUGUUCCAUCGGUAACCACGGUUGUGAAGACUGUGGUGGAAUUCUACGAGACGACCUUCCAGUUCGAAAAGGCACUUGUUCUGUUGCACCAAGUCAGUGACUUCUUUGCCUCGCGUCUUGGCCAACAUGACAAACACACUAUCGACUCCCGCUACUACGAAGGCGAUCUGGCCUUACGCUUGGGUCGUCGUAGCGAGGCCGAGGACAGCUAUCGCCACAUUUAUACCGCCUGUAUUCGUGACGGUAAGAUUAGUUCUUCUGGGGUACGCGCUUCUGUUGCGCUUGUCGCGCUGUAUGAGCAGAAUCAAAAAUGGGACGCGGCUCUCGAAGUCUACCGUCAUCUGUGGCCAACGCUGGUGCGAUUUGACGAGAGGGAUGGCUACGACCGUGCGUUGCUGGAGGGUCUACUCCCGAAAACCUACGCCGGAUACAUGGCCAUCUUGAACCAUGCGACUAUUCAGGGGACUGUUGCCGAGCGCUACCAGGUCGCUUCACAACACCAACAGCUAUGCCGCAAGCUCUAUGGUGCUACCAACCCACGGACGCGAGAUGCAUCUCUCACUUUGGCCGCCCUAUGUGCCAACAGCGCACGUCACAAUGAGGCCCUUAACCUCUAUCAGCAGGUGCUCAACACUAAUGAUUGGGUCUCUUCGUCUGAGGUCUCUCGCGGGUUGCCCGAUAUGUCCGAGCCCUUGCCCAUCAGCAUCAAGCAUCAAAUGGCCCAGCUCUAUAUCAAACAAAAUAACACAUCAAGGGAUGCGUACUCCUUGUAUAACGAGGAAUUGACUCUGGCUAAACAGCAGCAAGGACUAUCCGCCCCGAACACGCUCUUGUGGCUGCACGCAAUCGCUAACAUGCAUGCCAAGCAAGGCAGUGUUGAAUCCCGUGAACAAGGAGCUGCACUUCUUCGGGAGCACGUUGAUGAAGUUGUCCAUGUCACUACAAACCAUGAUACUCUGGUCGAACGCGCCCACCGAUUGGCUGAGAUUUAUCUGGAAUGUGGCUAUAUUGAGGAGGGUAACCAGAUAAUCAAUGACAUGCGUCAGCAGGUUGUUCAUGAGACUCCAGCUGCUCAACGACAAUCCUUGGUUGAGUACCGACCCGCCGUUUUCGUGGCUUCCUUUGAAGAGGUGUUUGGCAAACGUCAGACUUCGCACCAGAUCCUUAGUGAAUUGUCUCGCGAAGGCCAGGUAUACAACGCUUUCCAGCAGAGCCUAGCCAGUCAUGAUCUAGUGCCCACGUUGGCGGCCGGCGACAAGUUGCAUCGCCUGCAGGUCGACCAGAAACGAACAGCCGCAGCUCAGAGCACUCGCGAUAAACUCUAUGAGUACUUUUGCAACAGUCUGUCCGUCGCCUCGCAGCAACGAAAGAAGGACUCUGUUCACCAGUUCUACAAUGUCUGCUGGCGGGAGUCAACACACAGUGACUACAAUAUUAACAUCGUAACAUCGACGGCCACUAUGGUGCGGGAUCUUUGCAACCGUUCGCAGUUUCAAGACGCUGCGUAUGUGACGGGCGUCUUUCAUUCCUUCGUGCAUUUGACGGAGGGACUGCAAACUCCCGAAAGCAUUUUUACAGCCAUCAAAAUUUGUCUCUACCUGAAUGGCUAUCAGACAAGCAAGUGUUCGGACGAUACAAUCUCGGCAAACAUGGCUCUAGAGUCGCAAAUGUUGCUUCAGGAAAUAAUGUCCAACGCUAAAGAGCAGCCUUUAGAGUUCUCGGAGCUACCGUUCUCGGAAUUGAAUGACCUCGUUACCGUUCUGGGCGAGCAUGAAAUGUUUGAGGAUCUCGAGACUAUUCUCACCGACCUAUGGACCUCCCGUGUUGUGCAAAAGACCUGGUCGCUGCCGGUGGUCGUAUGGAUCGGUCGACGGCUGGUUGAAACCCGAUUCUGCCGAGGUCAGGUGGCUUCAGCAACGCAGUUGGGCAAGGAUAUCUGUUACAAUCUGCGCCAGGUGUGGGGCAACUGCGAUACGGUCACAUUGGAGAUGAAUAAGUUGUUGUCGGGCCUAUACACGGCAUCGGGAAAUCAUCUGGCGGCGGCCGCGCUCCACGAGGCUGCGCUAGCUGAGCUGCUCAACAGCGACGAGACCCAUGCCGAGUCCGUGGAUGCCGUAACCCAGCACCUUGAACUUCUUCAACAUGCACAGGCCCGACUGUCAAAGGACGGUCAAAGCGGCGCAGUUGAUGCAACAGCCGCUCAAGAGCGUGUGCAGCAGAUUGCGACCAAGUUCGGAUUAUCCACCUCCCAGCUUGAGGCAGCCGAGGCAGACGAGAGCCUCGGGAUGUGGCAGCGACCCCGACGGUUUAGCUUGGACGUGGAGGGGCCGACAACGCACCAGAAUCACCUGCGACAGUCCAGCGGAUCGGCCUUGCUCAAUGGCAACGCGGGCGCUAAGCGCAUUUCCAUUAGUGCUUUGUGA